GCUUUGCAUCUGGCCGCGUCGAUCCCGCCCUCGCCGGCUCUCACUCCCAUCGCAUCCGUUCCAUCACAUCCCGCUGCUGGAUCGAUUGCCUCUGCUCCUGUGCUGCCGCUGCCCCCGACUGCUUUGGUACCAGCGACAUGGCCACACCGGACAUUAUAAGCGCAACGCUCAUCAUCGACGAGGCCGACAACCACGACGUCCCUGAUAAGGGCACUUCCACUGUCCUCUUCUCGCUGACCAGCAACAACUCGGCCUUUCCGACCAUCCUGCUGUCGCAGGGAGAAUACACCAUCGGCCGCAGCGCAGAGUGCUCAACCCAGAUCCGCAACCAAAGGGUCAGCUCCAUCCACUGCCGGAUCGCUGCAUCGGACAGCGGCCCUGUCACGAUCACCGACUCGUCUUCAAACGGCACAUUCGUGAAUGGAGUCAAGCUGGGCAAAGGCAAGUCGUGCGAGCUCAAGGCGGGCGACACUGUGUCUUUGGCAAAAGACGCUCAGUCCAAGCCGCUCGCCGAGCUGCCUGUCUUUACUCUCACCGCACAAGCCAGACCCAAACUGGAGAUAACCGGCACGGUGCUUGUUGAGGAUCUUGACGACGAGCCGAUCCCGAGCCCCAAAGCUCAAGACUCUGCGUGCCUCAAGCGACCCGCAGAUGAGCCCGACCAAGCGGCGUCCUCCUCCAAAAACAUCAAGAUCGACCAUUCGCAGCUCCUCGAUACACUGACGUGCGGUAUAUGUCAGGAGAUCAUGCAUCAAGCUGCCAGUCUGUCUCCAUGCAUGCACAGCUUUUGCGGAGGCUGCCUGAGCGAAUGGCUGGAUAUUCGACAGACCUGCCCCGACUGCCGCCAGCCAGUCAAGCUCGCCUCAACCAACCACACCAUCAAUAACUUGAUUGAGGCGUAUUUGAAGCUCCACCCAGACCAAGCCCGCGACCAGGACGACCGCCAGGAGCUCGAGCAAAAAAACAAAAUCAAGACCGACCAGCCUCUCAGGUUCGAGGGCAACAGAAACAACAACGAUCGCGACAGCGAUGCUGGAAGUGAUGGCUCAUACAACGACGACGACGAUGAUGAUGACGAUCAAGGCAGCGACGACGAUGACGACGAUGGAGACGGUGGAUAUGUGUUUGGCGGAGUGUUGCCUCCCGUGCCAGCAAUGGCCCCGCCGCUCUUUCAACCGGUAUACUUCAACAGGUGCCGUCACUGCCCGCCGAACGCAGCCCCAGAUGGCUUCCGGUGCAAUCCUGCCCAUAUGAACCACAUCAACUGCACCACCUGCCAGAACCUGAUGCCAAACCGCUGGCGUGAGCCCGGCAUCAAUCAGAGAUGUCCGUACUGCAUCCGAUACUUUUGUGCGGCUUACUACGACAACGCAUGUCGGGUCGCGCAACCCAACAGCUUCCGCCCGCUCCGCGAUCACACAUUCGAUGCCAUCCCGGACGCCGCAUUCAACCACAACACCUACGAGAAGAACAUUUUCGUGCAGUAUCUGGAAGACCACAACCUUUCUCCGACCGACAUUUGGAGAACGUGUCUGCAAAGGAUCGAGGCGGAUCAGUACAAGGUCCAUGCCAAUGCCCUUGGUGCCCAAGGCGGCGGCACCGCCAUUGCCAACCGCCCACCCGGAAACAACCCGCUGCCGCAAAACAACGUUGCGCCAGAUACCCAUGCCUGCCACUCCUGCGCCACCCACAUCAUGUCGGAGCUGUGCUAUCUCUACCGAGCCGACCUCAACCAAGACGAUCUGCCCAAUGAGGUGCGAAACAGGCCCGACUGCUGGUACGGACGCAACUGCCGGACGCCCCGACACAACCAGGACCAUGCUCGGAAGCUGAACCAUGUCUGCGUCCAGACACGAUUCCGAUAGCAGACCCCGCAUAUAUGCAUGCAUUCAUGGGCUUGGCUUGUAUUGGUGAAGGGGCGGCAGCAUCCAACAUGAUCGCCUUCCAUCGAGUGUAUAUCAUCUCCUGCGUGUGGUUGACAGCCUUCCAAGACACAUUGCGCGACAUCAGUCCCAGCCAAUACCACUUGCGUUUGUGUGGCUCUCGCCGAUGGAGCGUAUGGAUCCGCUGCUUGAGAUUGCAAGAAUAAUGCUCUUGGGCCGCAUGGACGAGUUCGAUGACAUCCCGGAUCCGGCCUGUUCUCGUCGAUCGCUGCCCCUCCAUGUCAUUCGUGGCGCGCGCCAGCAAUCCGCCUUGCCCUUCCAAUAGAUCCACGCACAGCGCU